UAUCAGGGCAACUAUGCGUCAACCACAAAGUACACCCUCCUCUCCUACCUACCUAAGGCGCUAUUCGAGCAGUACAGGCGAGUGGCCAACAUUUUCUUCACUCUGAUGGCGGCGCUGUCCCUCACCCCCUGGAGCCCUGUGCGCCCCUGGACCACCUGGACCCCGCUGGUGCUGGUGGUGGGGGUGUCACUGGCGAAGGAGGCGAGGGAGGACUUCAAGAGGUACCAGCAGGACCAGGCGGUGAACAGCCGACCGGCCUCAAUCAUGAGCAGGGACACGGGUGACUUUGUUACGGUGCCUUGGCGGGAUGUCCGUGUGGGCGACCUGCUGCGGGUGGCUCGCGACGAGCCCCUGCCGGCGGACAUGGUGCUGCUGGACAGCUCCAACCCCGAGGGCUGCUGCCACGUGGAGACUGUGAACCUGGACGGGGAGACAAACCUCAAGAUCAAGGCGGCUCCGGAACCCACCAGAGGCCUGGCGGCGGCUGGGGAGCUGCGGGCUCUUCUGGCGACCGUGUUGGAGUGCGAGCCGCCAAAUUCACGGCUGUAUGCCUUUACAGGGAAUCUGCACAUGCCGCUGCCGCUGCCGGCGAUGGUGAUUCCGCUUUCGGCGUCGGCGCUGUUGCUGCGUGGCUGUAGCAUCCGUAAUACGGACUGUGUGUACGGCGUUGUGGUGUAUGCAGGCCACGACACGAAGAUAUUUAUGAACUCCACUGAACCCCCCUCGAAAAGAUCUUCCUUGGAGUGCUCCGUGGACCGCGUCAUUGUGGUAGUGUUCGUACUGCUAUUCGGUUGGUGCCUUACAUCUGCCGUAUUCCACGCCCGUUGGACCAGCACCCACCUGCGGCGGCACUGGUACAUGCUGCCGGAGGCCACCACUGCCGCAGACGACCCGGACCGAACCGCACGAACCGGCGCCGUGAACUUCUUCGUGGCGCUGCUGCUGUACAGCUAUUUGGUCCCCAUCUCCCUCUACGUCUCCAUUGAAAUGGUCAAGGUGUUCCAGGCAGGUGUGCUCAUGUCCUGUGAUAGAGACAUGUACCACUCGGAGAGCGACACCCCCGCCACCGCCCGCACCUCCAACCUCAACGAGGAGCUGGGGCAGGUGGCGGCGGUGAUGACGGACAAGACGGGUACACUCACACGCAACGUCAUGGAGUUCUUCAAAUGCUCCAUAGCGGGUGUGGCGUACGGCGUGGGCGUUACGGAGAUUGAGAGAACCAACUUGGCGCGGCAGGGCACCGUUCCCGAGGAGCGCAGUGACCCACGGGCCGCCCAGUACCGCGAGCGUUACUUCAACUUUUACGACGAGCGCCUGAUGGGAGAUGCCUGGACUCGUGGACCCGACGCUGACAGCGUAGAAAUGUUCUUCCGCCUGCUGGCGGUUUGCCACACGGUGGUUUCGGAGGGGCAGCCGGACCCCCGCACCAUCAAAUACGAGGCCGAAUCACCGGACGAAGCCGCGCUGGUGGUGGCCGCCAAGGCGUUUGGGUUCUUUUUCCUUCGCCGUACACAAUCCAGUGUAUUUGUACGGGAGCGGGGUCGGUACGGCGGCCAAGAACGAGAUGUGGAGUACGAGGUGCUGAACGUGUUGGAGUUCACAUCCACUCGGAAGCGGAUGAGUGUGGUGAUACGUGACAAGACGAGGAACACGAUACUCGUGUUUACCAAGGGCGCUGACACGGUCAUCUAUGAGCGCCUGGACCCCAAGUACGGUCCCAACGAAGCCAUGAAGGAGUCCACCGGUCGCCACAUGGAGGAGUUCGGGGCCGCUGGCCUCCGUACGCUGUGCCUGUCGUACGCUGAAGUCGACCGCGAGUGGUACGGCAACGUGUGGUUGCCGGAAUAUCUGGCGGCCAAGACAUCGUUGGUGGACCGCGAUGAGAAGGUGGCGGAGGUCAGCGAGAAGAUCGAGCGGAAUCUGCGAUUGCUGGGUUGUACGGCAAUCGAGGACAAGCUCCAGGAGGGGGUACCGCAGUGCAUUAAGCAGCUGGCUAUGGCGGGAAUUCGUAUUUGGGUGUUGACGGGCGACAAGAUGGAGACGGCCAUCAACAUCGGCUUUGCAUGCUCCCUGCUACGGGAAGACAUGAUGCAGGUGUACAUGAUGUGUGAUGGUACGGGCGGGUACGGGCGGGUCAACUUUAACCCAGGACACCACUGUGAAAAGGCAAAAGUAUACAUGCUGACAUCCAGAUUCAAACUGGAGACCUCCCGCUUACUAAACGGGUGCUCUAUCCAACUGAGCUAUGCCAGCAGUAGUGUGCCUAAGAUCUGCAAAAUGGGAUUAAUGUACCAUCCCAAAUUGCGACCAACCUGUCCUGUAAUGAAAGUUCAUUGCAGCCGUCACCGCGAUCCGCAUCCCCUUAACAACCCCCCUCACGCCCUCCCCACCUUUCUUUUGCUCGUACUGCGUGCGGUGCGCACCAUAACGCCUAUUUGCCUACUUACUUUUUUACAUACAUACAUACAUACAGGCGUGGGCAUCAGCGGACAGGAGGGCAUGCAGGCGGUCAUGUCGUCUGACUUCGCAAUUGCGCAGUUCCGUUUCCUCGUGCCGCUGCUGCUGGUGCACGGGCAAUACAGCUACCGCCGACUCAGCCGCAUGAUCAACUUCUUCUUCUACAAGAAUCUACUGUUUGCGCUCACGCUCUUCACCUACUCGGCAUUUACGGCGUUUUCCGGGUCGUACGUGUACAACGACACGUCGAUGACCCUAUUCAACGUGAUGUUCACCUCCGCCGCCCCGCUCUUGAUCGGCAUGUUCGACCGGCACCUGCCCAAGGACGUGCUGCUGCGCUACCCGCAGCUGUACCGCAGCGGGGUCGCCAACGAGGCCUUCUCGCCGCGGCGAGUGGGGGCCUGGCUGGGGGCGGCGGCGGCCCAGGCGGGGGUGCUCAUGAGCAUGGUGAUGGUGGGUGCAUCAGGCACCGCGGCGUCGGGACCAGGGGGGGUCCCUUUCGGCAUGGCGCAGAUUGGCGCGGUGCUAUUCACGGCUGUUCUUCUGACAGUUCAUUUGCAGCUCGCGGUGUUGGAGGAGGAGUGGACGGUGCUUCACCACGCAGCGAUCUGGGGCAGCCUA